CGCCGCAGAGCCGCAUCGUUAGUACCCACUACCCGCCCCGAGCUGCUGCUGCCAACUGCUCCCGCUCCCACCGGCGCGCACCAUGUGAAGCGCUUCCUAUAAAUCGCGCCGACGCCCUCGACAAUUGCCCGCUCGUGCAUUGCGAUCAUUUCCCGCCACGCUACGACUGCCACCUCUGCUACAGAGCCGACCUGCCCGACCAUGGACGACAGUGCCCCCGCCCCGCCGCAUCGCUCCUUGGCCCCCGGCCUGCAGCAAGCCGCCUACCAGAACCCGCUGGCCUUGUGGUCCAGCGACUCGUCCGGGGGCCUGACGGAGCGCCUGGCUGCACACUACUCAUUGCCCGUUGUGCCGCACACCAGAGACGGCCGAGACGCCGAUCAAGGCGACGACGACGACGGAUACCUUUUCGACGACACGGCCUGCCCGACUCUCUCGUCGAUGGCGCCCGGCUCCCGCGCCACUCAGACGCUGUCCAUGAUCAGCCAAACCCAACCCUCACAUCGCACCACUACCACGACGGCCUCGGCCUCUGACUCAAUCUCGCUGCUCUCGUACGAAGCCCCUCCCUCGCUCGCCUCGACGAGCGUGUCCUCCCGCCCCGACAGCUCUGUCGACACCGCUUUGGCGAGCCUGGUUCCAGGCUACGACUUGCUAGAGGAAGGCCCAGAUGCCGUGCUGUACGCGCCCACGGCCACCAGCCCCGAGACGCGCCUAUUGCCCGUCUACGAGUGUAGUUUCGACUUCUUACGCUGCCGCCAGGCUUACAGCGCGGCGAAUGUACCAGACCCAGAACGCGCAUGGCGCACCCACGUUCUCUCUCACUUUGGAGGGCAGCCACCCCCGCGCUCAGUGCGCUGUCCGCUGUGCGAUAACUUUGAGUACACGGACCAGACGCCCGGUCGUGCCUGGGAAAAACGUAUGACGCAUAUUGCGGAGCACCAUCGCGCCGGGCACACGUUGGCUACGGCGCGCCCGGACUUUCACCUCUACCAGUAUCUCUGGCAGAAGCGCAUUAUUGAUGAUGCGGAGCUGAAGGAGCUCAAGGGCGGCAGUGCGACAGUGAGCGGCAACGGCGGUGGGACGUUCCAUCGCACCCAAGGUAGCCGUGUUGAUGAGCGGACACGCCGGCGUCCGCUGCACCCCCGCCGCUGAUCGUGAGUUAAUGCCGCUCGUCUCCAACGUCUGGCUUGCGGAUGGGCCAGCUGUUUCGGUGCGAGCACUGCUCCCUUUCAUGUUUUUCUUGUCCCUUCGAUUGU